UAUCUGUCCCCGCCCUUCAGCGCUCCGCAAACUUUUACCACCCGCUGGACUUAAAUAUCUCCUCCUGCUAUGAGUUUCUCACAGUUUGUGGGCUUUUAUCACGAAGAAACUCCGACAAAUAUGAAUUAAUGUCGUUUUUUUUUUCAAACGCAGUUUUUGUGUGACGUAGAAGAAGAUAUCCGUAGUUUAUCUGCAGCACAAAAGUUCCUCCUAACUUAGUGAAGCAAUUUUAUUUCUCCAACCGAUGGCGUCUGAGGGGAACGGUAUGUCCGACGAGAGAAUAGGAACAGCCCUGAUCAAACACGUUAUAGAGGAGGAGCUGAAGGAUGUCCCCUCAGAGGAAUUCCCUCCUCUCACCCCGCUGGCUGUGCAGCUGAACAACGAGCAGGAGGAGAAGGUGGUGAACCAGCUGAGCAAAAUGAUCCGGAUUAUUGGAGACUCAGUGAAGGGCAACGAGGAGUUCCAAGAUGCGAUAGAUGGGAUGGCCCGUGACCCCGGCUCCAAGUGGGACAAAUUCAAGAAGGUUACAGACAAAGUGUUUGAAUACGGGAUCAGCUGGGAAAACAUCGCUGUGCUCUUCUAUGUUGCCGGAAAGCUGGCUCUGAAGAUGGUGGAGGCUCAUCUCCCCCAGUCAGUGAGGGACGUCCUGAUGUGGACGGUGGACUUCUUCAGAAAUAAUCUGCUGGGCUGGAUUCGGGACCAUGGAGGAUGGAUCAACAGCUUCUCAGAUCUGGCGGUGGCUUCAGUGCACCAGGUCUCCUCCUUCAGCUCCAGGAGCUACGGCCGGUUCACCAUCUUCAUCUCUGGCUUGGUUUUAGGAAGCUUCAUUACCUGGAGGCUUACCAAAUCACUCUGAGGCUGGGACACACACACACACACUCUCGCACACACACACACACAUAUGGUGUCAGAAUCGAUUCAAAACAAUCAAAGCAACUCGCAGCAAAGUGUGUGUACACGCAUGAUGAUUACGUUACGCGUGCGUGCGUACGUUGUAACGUGCAGAUUGUAUUUCACGCGUAACAAGAAGCCGCGUACCUAUGAAGCAGCGCGUGCACGCCUGUCUGUCACUGUUUGACAAAUACUGUUACACAUUCACACACGCGUGCGGUCGCAAUUUCUGAUUACACAAUAGAAAGUACGGCACGGUGCAGAUCAACAACUGUUGUGUACAGUCAGAAAUUGUGACCGCACACGUGUGAACGCGUAACAGUAUUUGUCAAUCAGUGACAGACAGGUGUGUACGCGCUGCUUCAUACGCACGCAGCUUCUUGUUACACGUGACAGAGUUCACGCACGUCAUUUCUGCGUACGUGUGAGCGCGUGACCGAAAUGUUCUAUUAUCUUCAUGUGAGCGUUAAUGUGUGCGUUUGUAAAAAACGCAUGAAUGUUACGCGUGGCCGCUCCGCGUCGUGUGAAUGAUGGAGUGCAGCAAUGAUCACACGUGAACGGGAGGCCAUUAUAAGUCAAUGGGGAAACUGCAUUACGCGUCAGGCGCACAGGCGUCAAAGCACACGCGUGACACGUUCAGUUGAUAGCUGCACACGCUUUUUGAAACGAUUCUGACGACACACACACACACACACACACACACACACACACACACACACACACACACACACACACACACACACACACACACACACACACACACACACAGAUCAUUGUAGCUGACCAUACAUCAUUUGUUUUUCACUCUCGUGAUGACAGCAUGCCUACCAAAGCAGCAUGUUGACUUUUGCUGGUUUACAUGAAUACAGGGAGUUUCAGUACCGUUCUCCACUCAGUGCUCUCUUUCACUGCCUUCCAUAGUGUUAUCUAUGCAAACUACAAAUAUUACCUGUAAUAUACAGUCUGUAGAGUGGACUGCUCUCAGAUGGAGGAGGCAGAACAUCAGACAUGUCCAUGUGAUCUGUAUUCAGGCCUCCAGUUCAGCACGGUGAACAGACAGCAGCACUAAAGCUGUCAGCUUCAUGCAUCACCGCAGGGAUUCCUUCAUUUGAUCGGUUUUUGUUUUGUGACCCAGUCGAUCUGGUGUCGUCGUGUUUCCUCUCUGUGGCUGAGGGAGGCCCAGAGGGACCAAAGCUGUCGAUGGAUCACUACCAUCAGCAAGACGGCGUUCAUUCUGAGCUCUGACGUAGAAUUAGCUUUGUUAUUAGCAUGAAAAAUACUGAAUGUCUAAGCGUUUAUUUGUUUUAACAGGAAUAACUAAAAGACGGGCUGCUAGUUCAUGGAGGGAGGAGGGGCUUAUUUAGUCAGUCAGACAGCGAGCAGCACUCAUUUUUAUCAUUCAUUACUACAGAAAAUGAAGUCAAUGUGCUCAGAUGUGAAGAAGGCAGAGGUUAGCAUCAGAUCAGUGAUCAGCUGUGGUUCCUCCACACUUAGCAGCUCAUCAGGUUGUGGCGUUAAUUCAGCUGCUGUUUAAACUACCAGUCAAACCAUUGGACACACCUUCUCAUUCAGCGUUUGUUUGUUUUCUACGUUGUGGAUUAAUACUGAAGACAUCAGAACUAUAAAAGAACAUAUAUGGAAUUAUGUUUACAUAAAAAGUGUCAGUAUUGAGCUACAAUGUGGAAAACAAUCCAAAUAAAUAAAAGCAUUGAAUGAGGAGGUGUCCAAACUUCUGCCUGAUAGUCUACAGGAGCUGAUAUGAAACCAAGCUAGCUGGACUUCCAUUGCGGUUUAUUUAUCACUGUUUAUGUGUUUUAUUGUGUAAAGUUUUGCAUGUGCCGGCCAGUCUGAUUUAAAAGAAGCAGCUUAUUUCUAUGAAUGACGGUACUGCUCCUCUCAAUUUUAACUUCUGGCUGCAUGUCAGAUGAUCUGAACUCUGAGUUAAUUUCCUGAGCUGAUGGUCCGUUAUGUGUGGAUUUAUCACCUGAAGAGCAGCAGAAAUUCAGGAUACACCCUGAAUUUAUUUCUGCGUUCACUCAUAGGAAAUCAUGCAUUAAUUAAGUGUUCAUUUAGUUUGCUCUACUGUAUUCAAAAUGCACCAAACUGCACAGUUUGAAGCAGAAUUCUUUACUGUGAGAGUCACAAGCAUAAAUUAGACGUACCGUGAUGUCUGUAUGUAGUUUAAAGUUUACUACAAAUGAAAGUCUCCAGUCUUCUACCUGUAAACUCACUGCUGUCAGUAAAAUGGCAUCUUUCUGAUCAGUGAGUCCUUCAUAUAAACGAACCGCCGUGAAACUAGAGGCUAAAGCUGCAGACUUUAAAGCUGCAGUCAUUUGCUUUGCUGCCUUUAUUUUGUUUGAACAAUCAUGUCCCUAUCUGAAUGUGUUUCACUGUUUUACCGGCACAGGUAUUACAGCUUAUUUGCACAAGCAAUAAAUCUUCGGUUUAUUCAUGAACCUUAUAUUUUUAUAAGGAAAAAUAUCAGGGCGGCUUUAAGUCUGUAAAGUUUUCCAAGUUGACCAGAGUGUUGGAAAAUACAAAGCUAAUGUGAUAAAAACUGUCAGCACAAACUCCACCAGCUUCAUGAACAUCAGCAGGUUGCUCAGUCGCACUCCUGCAGGACGGUGUUUAAUUCCUAAGGUCCUUAAAAACCAGCUUCUUCUACCUGUAGUUUAUAGUAAUAACCAGGAUGGAGGAGCCAAAGAGACUUCACACUGAUGAUGAUGAUGAUGAUGAAGUCCAAACAACCAAAUCUGUGCUUCUGAUUGGUCAGAAGGCUCAUUUUCUGACUGUUCCAGCAGAAAAAAUAUGACAUUAAAACACCUUCCAGCCAACUAGCUCCACCUUUGAUGCCUUCAAUCCUAAAGAUCUUCAGGAGUUUCUGCAUUAAGCCUUUAUUGAGCAGCUGAGGGUUUUCUCCGUCUUUGGACCCAACUUGAAAGAACCAAGUUUAUUGUUUACAUGAUUUUUCAGAGGUGAGAUCACUGCAGUGCACGUGACUGAAGCUGAAGACCGUGCACCUCACGUCUUCUCUGUAGCAGCACUGCUCUCAUGGAAAGUAUGUGUUACCAGUGUGCCACAGUGUGUGUUUAGAAUAGAAUAGAAUAAUUGUGUGUUUUGGGGAAUAUUUGUUGAAAAAGUAGCUUUCUGUGCUGUGCUUUCACUGUCAGGACUUAGUAGUAAAAGUGUAUUUGAUUGGAGCUUUAUAAACAGGACAAAGGAGUUUAAACUGUAGAUGACAUGUUGUACUGGAUCUGUGGUCCUCUGAUGUUUGUUAAAUUUUUUCUUAAAGCUGUUGAAUAUAAAAAGAAUAAACAUUCUUUUCAUACA